CUAACAAUGGAUUUUCAAACUUUCUUCAGCAUCUUCGAAAGAUGCAAAAGAGAAAGAAAUGGUGCAGGACUUGUCGAUAUUUUUAAAGACAGUCGCAAGUAUUUUCAAAAUAUUUCCGGCAGUGAGAGCGGAUACGUACUGGCAACUCUUUUAGAUGUCGACAAUGGUAUUCUUCGUUUCCUUCGAGAUGAAUUGGACAAAGGUGUUAAAUUAAAAAUUUAUGAAACCGUAAUUAUCCAGGGUUUUCGUUUAGUUGAAUUUGUCAUGGAGCAAUUUCAAAAUGAAUACGAGCCGUAUAUAAUAGAAACAAAGGAACUUUGUGAAUUUACUAUUAAAAUAAGAUGUACACAUUAUAUUAAAAGAGCAGCUACAUCUCUCUUCAAAAAAAUCGUUCAACUAUUUACGGAUUUUGAAUUACUUCUCAGUGAAACUGUAGAGAAAUUUGGCAAAACAUUGCAUCGUUACGACGAGAAAGAACGAAGUGAGAUUUUUAUUAUAAUGGCAGCAAUAGCCAAACAUAAUUCUUCGGAUGUAGAGAGAUUUUCUAAUGCGAUUUUUAAAUCAAUUUUGGAGGAUAUGAAAGUUCAGUUCAAAGACAUCGGAAUGACACAAUCGGCGAGAUUUCAAGAAUAUUUUGAAGCCUUAAGAGAUUUAAUGGAGUGUUUCACUCCAUAUCAGAGUGAAGAGAAAAAUAAUCUCUAUUAUCAAGAAAUUUAUAAGUUUAUCAAAGAUAUUUGUAAAUUUGACGAGGAAACAUAUGAAUUAAAUCCCGGCAAGCGUGAUCAUGGAGUUAAAUAUCACGAGAAGAAGAAAGCCGCAAAUAAUAAUACAAAAUCAGCCGUUGAAUUGUUAAUAAGACAUUGGCCAUUUUUUGGUACAAUGAUUUAUAAGGAUUAUAAAUUUUGGCAAAUGAAAUUUGAAUAUUUAUUGAAGCAAAAUGGAAAAACUGGUGAACUUGGCUGGCGUGCUAUGAAAGCAUUUUAUAAAGCGAUUGCACAAUUGUUGAGAGACAGCGAUACGAAUGAAGAGAGAAAUGUUCUUUUGUAUUUUCGGGAAUAUUUUUUGAAUUAUCUUACAAGACUCGAUUUGGAUUCAAGUCUAUUGCAACUGAUUGUUUGGGCUUAUAGUCAAAUGGCUGCACCUUGCAAAAAGCAUUUAACUACUAACGAAAUUUAUGAUAUGUAUUCUUUUAUAUCCAGGAGAUCUAUUUCACUCUAUAUGAGUGACGACGCGAAAAUUGAGGAAAUCUACAGUUAUGUGGAAUCAAUUUCGGAAAUUUUAGUUCACCUACCGAAUGUGUCGGUCAAUCAAAUAAAAUUACUGUCAAAGCUUGCGAUACUUCUGAUUAAGCGAUUUCCUGAAUUAAGAAUAUUUGUCCAGCCAAGUGCAACAAAAGCUCUCAUUAAAUCGAUCACUAAUGUUGGAUAUCUUAAUCAAAAUCUUCAACAGGAGUAUUUCUAUGAUCUAGUUUACAACGGAAUAAUAUGGACGUGUUCGAACACUUUAUACAUUGAUGCAGAGUUAGCGCGCAGUACUAUGAAAGAGAGACCAAUUUGUUACAAAAAUUAUCUGCCACUUUGGGAAGAAUUAUUUAAUUUACAAUAUUAUCGAAUUGAAACAGGACCACAAGUGAUAAAACAUUUAUCUAAAGAACUCUUUUCAACCUGCAUUUCGUUAAUCAACACUUUGAAUCUUCAAGUUCAAUCAAAUAACGAAACAAUGUUUUCCGACAUAUCCCUAUCGAUGACAGCAGAAAAUGAAACUGAUUUUCGAAUUUUCGUCAACAUGGUCGAUUUAAACAAGGAACUCUUCGAAAAACUCGAUUCCUCCCAAAUCAACGAUUGGCUACCAAAACUCCUGUACGAAAUUGUGAAAAAUUCCUACAAACAUCCAAUGGUCUCCGGCUUUUACAAAUUAGCCCACACAAUUCUUCGAAAAUCGAAAACAUACUGGAAAUCAUUGGACGAAACAAAUGAAACCUUCAAAUUAAUGUCCAAAUUUUUAUCAAAUACUUUAGAUUUAAUUUGUGGUUUCUAUCACGAAUUGCAAAUAGCGUGCGUUUAUUUAAUUCUCGAUGCGCCGCUAAAUCUAGUGGAGGACAAAUUAAAAGAAACAAUUCCCGUUUUUAAAAUUGCCCUAACUUCUGGUCUGAGUGAUUUCUCAUUGGCUGCUUGUGCGCUCGAUGCACUAGAACAAUGGACAAGGGAAUUAGCCGAAACUCAUUCGUUUGAAUUAAAGGAAUUUCUGCAAGAAAUAGUCCCUUGUCUAGAACCAUAUUUACAGAGUAAAGAAAGUGAAACGGAAUUAUUGCAAGAUAUUUUAAAAACACAGCGUAAAAAUAUCAGUCACGUUCAAUUGAAAGACGAGACAAAAACUCUGGAAGAAUUUCAAAGGAGAAUUCUCCUAUUUCUAGGCUCACUUUCCUCGGAGAUAACGGAGAAUUUUAUUUACAAAAGUUCGCAAAAUACAAAAGCAACGUGGGAUAAGAAGGAUCUAUUGGAAUACACUCUCUUCUUUCCAGACCGAAGACUUUAUAUCCAUUUCGAUAGACUUCUACCAAGAGUCAUUGAAUUAUCGCUAAGCUCCGGCGAUCGAAGGACAAGAAUAUGUGCCUGUGAAGUACUUCAUUCGAUAAUUGUGAUUAUUCUCGGUAAAACGAGAGACAUCAUCAAUAGACCAAAUCCCGAUCGAUUUGCAAAUUUAUACAAAAUUCUCUGUCCGGCAAUGUUAAAAUUGGGCUCUGAUACGGAUUUAGUUGUGAGACAAUUGUAUUGUCCGACAUUAUUGCAAUUAUCACACUGGUUGAGUUCGAAAUUAAUGUUAAAAUCGCUGUCGACUAUUUAUUUUGUCGAUUCACUCUUCGACGGUCUAACUGAUGAAUCAAAUUCAUCGCUGAGAGAUUUUUCCGGAUUGUGUUUAAAGGAAUUUGUCGAUUGGUCCAUUAAGCAAUCGUCCGACAGAGAAUUGUCGAAUUCGGCGAUUAAUAUUCAUACGAUUGUGAGAAAAAUUUGUACCUACGCUCAACAUCCUUCGCAACAAAGGAGAAUUGCGGCUGCGAUUGCAUUCAAUCAUCUUUAUUCAAGUCUACGUGAAAGGGAGGAAAUUUUGAAUGUCUAUUGGUUGGAAAUUUUCUACUCAAUUGUUAAGAGUUCCGAAGGUUGUGACAAUUUGGGAAUUACUAGUGCAAUUGGUCAUCUUGAGAAAGUAUUGAAAAUUAAGGCGAAACUUUUUAAUGCAAAAAAUUCCAAGAGAAGAAAACCUAUUGAAUUUGAAAGUGGAAAUUUGAAGAGUAGUUUAAUUUGGCUUUUGGAGCAAUGUGGAUCUUUGGAUCGAAGUUAUCGGAAGAGUUGUAUGAAAUUAUUCGAGAAUCUUCAACCAUUUGUCGAUGAUUUGAAAGGAGAGAAUUUAGUGUCUUUUUAUGUGAAAACAAAAGGAAUUGAAAGUUUUAAUUCUAUAUUUUUGGAUAAAUUGAGGGAGAAUAUCUCAGAAAUUUCCUUGGAAUCUGUGAAACCACUGCUUCGAACUUUGGAUUGUUAUAUUUGGUUUGUGAAAAAGAAACUAAUCGACUUCAAUUUAUUAUUCAACGAAGGAAAUCCUGAGAAGGAUUUAAUUUUCUCUUAUAUGAAUAAUUUCAUCAAGUGUUUUAUGAAUCGAAUGGAAACCGAAGAGAAUUCUCUAUUUAUUUCGAAGGAAUUGGAAUUAUUAGAAACUCUCACCUGUGAAACGAUUGAAACCCUGUUUUCAUUUUGUCACAAGAUUCUCAAUGCAAGCAUUUCAAUUUCAUUCCCGGAUUUUUGGAGUCAAGAUCUAUUUUCCCUAAUAUCAAUUUGUGUCCUAAAUCCCCAGGAAAUGGGAUUCGAUACAAAAAAUUUGGAAAUAAUGGAAUCACUACCAGGCAAAUUGGAUGAAUUACUAGUUGUCUUGAAAAAUAAAUCUCCCGAAGCGCUUUUGGAAAAUUUUCUAAUACAACUCUCGAGAUACGUUAAAAAAUACUAUCAAAAUAUCACAAUCAUUUAUAUUGACAUGAAAAUAGAAGUCGAAUUGAAAUUCAAUGUGAAAGGAAUGAUUUUAUUGGAGAACCAAAAAUAUUUGGAUUUAAUUCUAAAGGAAGAGUUCCAUCAAGCGAAGAAAAAAUUCCUACAAGAUAUUUUCGACCUUCUUCAACGAGAUUCCGAAGGAAGUUCACAAUUUGAGGAAAAUAAAAAAAGUGCCGUUCUCUUAAAACUCGAUACAAUAGAAUAUUUAUCAACUAUUCUAAAACUCGUCCUCGUAAAUUAUGAAUCCGAUUUAAUAGAAUUCUUGAUUAAUCUCCUAGUGAACGGAAAUCAACUAAUUAAUCAAGACAUGACAAUUUUGAAACAUGGAGAUUAUUUUUUGAGUGUAUUCAAAACUCCCCUAUUCGACGGAAUGCUGAAAAAUAUUCAAGAAACGAUGAAAAUAAUGGAGAAUUCCCUGGAAAAAAAUCCGGAUAAAUUGUUAAUGAUACUUGAGGAAUUAGUCAUAUUUACCCACAAGUGGAAAAAAAAUUACGCCCUUGAGUCUGAGGGACUAGCGAAUGAACUUUUGAAAAUAUUCCCUGUAUUGAAGAGAAUAGUCUCGAAUGUUGAACAUCGAGAGAGGGGAUUUAUGAACAUUUAUCGAACAGUCGUUCGCCUUAAGCGAAAUCCACUUGAAAUUACAAAUAAAAAGCACGACCUCUAUUUAUGGAUUUUGAACAAACUCCAAGAGAAUAUUGAUUUGGAAAAGAAGGCGUCAAUUUUGGAUGAUUUUUUAAUUUGUCUGACUGACAUGAAUAAUAAUAGUACGGAAGUUUCGUUAAUUUUGGGAUAUUUGAAAAAUGAUAGACUUAAUGUUGAUGAGAAUAAUAUUAAUUCUUUGAAAGUCGCUGCUUGUUUUCAAACAAUGCUUUCACAUUUACCAUUGACGAAAUCGACUGUUCUUUACGAGGCGAUAAUUAAUUUUGCCGCAGGAUAUUGCGAGCGAUUGUAUAACGAAAAAACGUCCAGUGUUAUCGAAAACUAUUUUCAACAAAUAGAGGAAAAUGUUCUAACAUCACUCAAUAUUGCCUAUAAAUUAUUCAUGAAUUCCGGAGUAUUAACCGUCAGGUUUGAUAUUUUACGCCGAUUUCUCCUGCCUUCGUUUCAAUUUUCCAAAUCUGGUGCCAUAGAAAAUUUUUUUGUGAAAAAUGCCAAGGAUAUUUACUCGAGUCUAUUAAUUGAACUCAAAGGCGACGCUGAGGAGGAUUUGAGACGACAGAUCGUGUCAAAAAUAGGAGCCUACAAUCUUUUUGAAAUAAUGUUCGCCAGAGUUGAUUUGGAGAAAAUCACAAGCACCGAGAGUCGAAUUGCGAGGAAUAUUUUCGAAAAACCCAGCGAAAAGGAGCUGAUGGUGAAAUUAUUGAAACAAACCCUAGCGGAACGAAAAACAAAAUGUUUACACGAGAAUAUCAGAGAAAUUACGAGAUUACUUCACUGCGCCGCUUAUAAUUGUCAUAUUUCCAUAAUAAGUCUGAAGGAAGAGGAGAAAUUUUAUUCCUGGACCUUCACGGAAAAUAAGCAAGAAGGGAGUUUAAUUUGGGAGAAUAUUAUCGAUCGGGAAAAGAAAUAUUCACUUCGACAAACAUUUAAAGAAUACCCAAAGCAGAAAAAGAAGUUAAUCAAUAUUAAAAAAAGGGAUAAAUCUAUUUCUGAACAAUCCGAGAACUUUAUUUUUAGGUACAAUAUCGCUUCGUCGACUCUGGUGGAAAAUAUGGAUUCGUACGAUUUUAAUGAAGCGACACUUUUGACGAAGAAUCAAGAAGAUCAAACAAUGAGUUUGACUUUCGAAUGUGACGAUUUUAACGAACACGAGUGUAUGGCUUCUUUGUCUGGAAUUUUGAUCCACAUGGUUCGGAAUGAUAUCUUUGUUCCCCAAGAGGGCACGACGGAGAAUCAUCCCAAGUGGAUGGGGAAUUUUUUCCGAUCCCUGAAUACGAACUACGAUAACGUUCGAUUAUUUCUGCUGAAAGUUAUCUGCAAUACCCAAGAUAUCUUCAAACCCUACAUGUCUAAUUUUUUGGGUAUUAUUCUCAACGUUGUCAACGAAUAUCUAAAGUCAAAUUUUCUCAACUAUAUAAUCACCGACGUUCUUCUUCUCCUCAUCGAUUGGCAAGUGAAACUUUCCGAAAAAUACACCGAUCAGGCACAAAAUCUCUUGGAGCAUUUAAUCACCAAAGCGGAUGUAAUCCAAAACCGCAGCGUUCGUGCCUAUAAUAUCGAACUAAUAAAAAUGAUUCUCCAAAAUUGGGGCGAUCAGCUAAAACUCCCGGAGGCAAUCAACGAAAAAAUGAAAACAGCCCCAGAAUUUGCGAUUCAACUAAUUUUCGUCUUCCUCGACAAUAAGUUACAAAAUCUGGUGGGGAAUGCAGAUCUAGUGGAUUUUGUCCAAAAAUCGUUCGACGAUUGGAAACGAGAGGAGGAUGUCGUUUUGCAUAAUUGCACCGCUUUGGGUUUGAUAGCAAAAUAUUCGGAUAAUGACUCAUUGAGAUUGAAAAUAAACGAAACGUUAUCCACCGUUUUUCGGAAAAUGCAAGUGGCUGAUAAGAGUCGAUUGAUUAAGUGUAUCCACACUCUGGUUGUGAGUUAUCCCCCAUGGAUUGAGAAUUUUUUCGAAUUUGUUCGCAACUACAUUGGCGAGGUGGACAAUUUGGGAAAAGCCAAGUGCCUCGAGAUAUUCAGCUCGAGAAUUCCGUCCCUAACCACCGAGGAAAUAAAAAAGGAAUUAGGUUACUUGAACUUUGAGAAUUUACUAAAGAACAAAAUUCUCACUUGUGAAACCAUCGGUCUCGAUAUAAUCGACAAAUUAGUCCCAAUCUUCGACGCGGGCGAUAUGCUUCCCUUAGCAGAGUUAUCAAUUCCCUAUUUGAAAAACGAAUCCUCUGAAUUACGAGAAAAAGCCUAUGAUAUUUUUAUAAAAAUCAAGAAUAAAUAUGGAACAUACCAUACAAUUGAAUUCGACGAGAAUAAAUUACGCGACAUGAGUGAAGAAAUUCUCCUCCUUGGAUUAUUGGACACCGCCGAGAAUUUGUACGAAAAAUUAAUAAACUACUGGACUGAGAUUGUUUCCCAACCGGAGAAAUUAGUGGAACGUUUAUUAAAAAUCCUGCAGCAGUACAAACCGGAAGUGGAACAAGUCUAUCUUCUCUAUUUCUGCCUCUCGAUUCUACGACUCACGAACAAAUCGAAAGAAUACUAUGAGAAUAUAUUCAAUGAAAAAUUAGAGGAAUGCUCAUUUGUUGACUACGAGAUAAUGCUGAAUUGGAGAGCGAAAAAUUUGGGUUCGAUUGCACCGCUGUUUGCAAAAUCACUUGCCAGUCAAAUGUCACAAAUGGUCUCGAAGACCUUCACUCAGUCUUCGACUUUCGCCUCAUCGCUCAGGGGACAAUUAUUAAGAGCCACAAUUGAUCCAAAUUUUCUACCAACUGCUCAGGAUGCUUCGACAUCUAGAACACUGUCCGAAAAUUCAGAUUCGGUGUUUAAAAUUCCAGACCCUGCUUUCAAUAAAAAAUCGAAACGAUUUCUUGGUCGAGGUGGGGAGACGAGUGAAUUUUUGCAGCACUUCGUUAAAACUUAUCGACAACAUGACGAAAUGGUGAGGGAAGAAGUUGUGAGACAAACGAACGUUGUGAAACUUUAUAGAAAAUAUCGUUACGGCGAUUUUCCUGAUAUUCAAAUUCCCCAUUCGAGUUUAUUGAUUCCCCUACAGGAAUUGGCGAAGAAGGAUUCUUUGAUUUGUAAAAAUCUUGUUGUGAGCAUUAUUUGUUCGUUGUUGAGUGAUUUGAGCACAACGAGGCCUAGGAAUGAGCAAACAAUGUCACAAAUUUUCAGUGGUAUGAGGAGAAUUUUGGAAAAUCGUGGUUCAACUUGGACACUUGCGGCAGUUUUGGAAAUAACUUUGGCGAAAAAAGUUUGUUGUUAUGAGCCGGAUUUGGUUGGUCGAGCGACAAAAGUCAGUGGUCUUUAUUCCCUUGGUGCUCUAUAUUUGGAAAAUUAUAUGAUUCAUGGUCCUGAUGAUGUUUUAGAACCUCCGGAAAAAAGACGGAGAAAUGAUGAUGAGAAUUUAAAUUGUGAACCUUCAAUUUAUCUCGCUAGAAUUUACAAAUCGAUGAAUGAACCUGAUAUUGUUUUGAGUAUUUUCAAGAGUGAACUGUUCAGUGGGAAACUUCAGGAAGCUUCGCUGGCGCAGAGUUCGGGCGAUUUCACGAGAGCAAGAAAAUCAUACGAGGAAGCUUACGAAAUUGAAAAUAAUUUUGUCAAAGAACACUGUCUUCAGGAAUCAUUCGAGUGUUUAUGUCAUCUUUCCCGUUGGGACAUACUCGACAAAAAAGUACAUCAAGCAUCGGGAGAAAAUUUCAAUAACGUCUGGAAUGAUACCGAGCAAGAGGAAUGGCUCCUUCCAUGGAUUUUCCGUGUCCAUUUACAUAAAAUUCUCAAAGGCGAUCUCACAAAAAAUCGUGACACCGACAGAUUAUUGCAUUUCUUAGGUUGCAUUGACGAUUGGAUAAGAGGUGAAAAAUUACCCAAAAUAAAGCAACGUUUCGGCGAGGAAAUGGCGAAUAUUUACAUGAUCCCAGAGAACGAGAGACUCGAAAUAGCUCGCGACUAUCUAAAAUCAAGUCUCGACGACGCUCGAGAAAAUUGGCUCCGACUAAAUCCACUUUCAGAGAAACUUCGUUCGCGUCUCCUUCGAAAAUUACGUGGAAUCAGUAGCAUUCAAUUAUUUUUCAAAACACUAAAAUCCGCCAAUUUAACGCAAGCAGUUCAAGAUUUAUUGAAGGAAUGGAAUCAACAUUUACCAUCGUCGAAUGACGAUCUUCUCCUUUGGGAGACUCACAUGAAUUAUCGAAUGCACUUUGCGACUAUUUUAAUGAAUAAAUUCGAGAGCGAAGAAAACGAAAGUAUUCUAGAAGAAAUAAAAUCUAACGACAUUCAGCAAAAGAUGAAUUUUCUCGAUUUUGCCAUCGAGAGACGUAAUAAUUUCAUAGCCAAAAAGUACGUCAUUGAUUUAGAGGAAACAAUCAAAUCGUCAGGUUUGAAAAAAUUGGAGUUCAAAUUAUCGACAUCAAAAUGUUUUCACCUAAUGGGCGAAUUCACGAACGAUAUGUCGAAAAAACUCUCCCACAUUUCCAAAUCGUGGAAGUACGUUCACAAUUAUCUCGAAUCAAAUGAAUCCGAAUUGUCGCAAAAAAUUCCCGCCUUGCAGCACGUGACAACUUUAACACUACUUUUGGAAAAUAUUCUCAACGAAAAUCUUGUGGAAAAAAUUCUCUCUAUUGAUUUUUCCUCAAAAUUCAAAGAACGAGCGACUGAUAUCCAAAGUUUGAGGACAAAUAUAAUCAGAUACGGAUUAUCGACACUGAAGGAAAGUUGCAAAAUUGCCGAAAUGAGCGACAAAGCCGAGUGUUAUUUCAAAUUAGUGACACACUGUUACAAUCGACUGUCACUCGGAGGAAGCAACGAAGAAAUUCGUGAAUUUUUCAGCGCCACGCUAAAAGCAAUGAUUCACGGUUCUUCCAAAGCCGCUCACUAUUUUCCCUGCCUUCUAAAAUCGGAAUACCUUCAAGACGAGUCGACGAAAAAAAUAUUCACUCAAGAGUGCGAAAAAAUAGAAACCUGGUUAUUUAUCACUUGGCAAUCGCAGAUAUUCUCCCACUUGGGUGGUCCAUUCGCGGAAAUUUUAAUUCCCAUCGUCGAUCGUUUAGUUCAAGACUAUCCCAAUGCAGUGAUGUUCAAUUUCCGGCUGACAAUUGAAUCAAAUCGGGAUUUAUUGACUAACACAAGAAUAUUGGCAAUAAAGGAAAAAUUGUACAGUAAACCCGGUGUUGAGGGAUUUUUAACAGCAAUGCACUACGUCGCACAACCGGAAUUAUACCAAAUUUAUCAUCUCACGGAAAUUUUGAAGAGAAUCCAACAGGGAAAAUCAGUGGGAAAAGGGGAAAUUUUAGAAAAACUGUUUCCUGAGAAACAUUCCGAAUUAUUGUACUGUGGUGCACUUUUCAGGCAAGUGUCGAAAAAAAUUGAGAAUUUCAAGAGUGAGAUAGAAAAUUUGAAUGAGAAGUCUCAGACGGAAUUGAAGGUGACAAUAAAAAAAAUUAUUGGCAUUUUGAAAAAGAGUUUAAACGAGAGAGUUGAAAAUAAGAGUAUUUUUCAAUCGAAACUGAAAGAUUAUAGUCCGUGGUUGCAAAAAUUAAGAGCAUUGGAGAUUGAAGUACCUGGUCAGUAUUUGAGUAAUCGGAAACCAUUGCCUAGAUAUCAUGCGAAAAUUGGAAAAAUUGAAUCCUAUAUUUACGUUAUUCAUCGAUCAAUAAGAAAACCAAUUAAAUUGACGAUCGUUGGGAAUGAUGCGAAGAAUUAUAAUUUUCUGGUGAAAUUUGGAGAGGAUUUGAGAAACGAUCAACGAAUUCAACAGGCAUUUGAUAUUAUGAAUAAAAUAUUACAAAAUGAUAUUUCUUGUGCGCAGCGACAUUUAACGAUUGAUACUUAUCAAGUAAUUCCCUUCUCGUUGAGUUUGGGACUAAUAGUGUGGAUCGACGAAAUGAAAACCCUCGACGAUUUCAUUGAUUUCACACUCACGUGUGAAGAAACAAAUCAAUGUUCGUUAAAUAUCGAAAAAUACGACGAAUGGAUAAGAAAAGCAUCGUCAGGAAGGAGUUUGGCCUAUAAGGAAUCAUUGAUCAAGUACAAUGCAAAAGCAGUUGUUGCAAAAAUGAAAGAACUCGUUAAAUCAAUAAAUGGCGAUGCAUUGAGAAAAACAUUUUUCACACUGAGUCCAUCGUUUGAAAGUUUUCUCUCACUUCGUAAUAAUUUUAUUGCCACCUACGGGACAAUGUGCACAGCACAAUGGAUAAUGGGAAUUGGAGAUCGUCAUUUGGAAAAUAUUCUCAUUUCAGUGAAAUCAGGAAGAUGUCUUGGCAUUGAUUUUGGCUAUGCUUUUGGUGCUGGUGUCGAUAUUAGUAUUCCCGAAAUGAUGCCAUUUCGAUUGACACCACAAAUUCUAAGCUUAUUUAAACCAUUCGCCGAAAAUGGUCCAUUUGAGGCGACAAUGGUUUUUGUUUUAAAGGCAUUGCGAAGGGAGAAGGGACCAUUGAUGGCAUGUCUCGAUGUAUUUAUCAACGAGCCUUUGAACUGGUUGGAAAAUAUUCAUCAAUUCUCGAAAGAAAAUCAAGAAGAAUCCGAAGAUGUGAAUUGGUUACCAAUAAAGAGAGUGGCUACAGUUGCGCAAAAAUUGGAUGGAAAAAAACCCUCACUCAUAACUUUAGAGGAAUUAAAAUUAGUUCAUGGAGAUAAAAAAUAUUAUUGGCGAUAUUUGGAUAUUGUUAAUGGAACCGAGGAAGAUCACAAAACGCUUCGAGCCAAAAUUAAAAAUGAUAAUCUCACUGCUGAAGAACAGGUGCAGUGUUUAAUUGACCAGGCAUCGGAUUUUAAUAUUUUGGGUCGCACUUAUAAAGGAUGGCAACCGUGGAUGUAAAAGAAAUUACGUCCGUAUUUUUAAAAUUUAUGUUAAUUAUUUUAUUUCUUUUUAUUAUUAUUAUUAGCGAAUAGUUUUUUACUUCGAGAAAUUCUUGAAUUUUAAAUAAUAUUUUAAAAAUUAGCGCCGAAAAAUAUCGACCAAUCAGAGGCCAUCUUUGCACAAGCCAAUAGGAAAUCUGGUGCCACGUGUAUAUUUCCACAGUGUUCGAAAGAAAUCAACUUGUCAAAAAUUGUUUUUGAUUGUUUUGUUAUGUCAUUUUCAAAAAUGUUACGAAUAUAAAAAGAAGCCUAUUUUUAUUACACUUUGUUGUAUACACUUUGUAUAUAGUUGCACAACGUAUUUAAUUGUAGGAGUGAAAAGGUGAGAAUAUUUCAUUAUUUUUUUAAACGCCGACAGCCGCACUGCCAAUUCCUAACCUCAAAAGAAAAAUAAUCUUUAUUUAUCAAAAAAAAAUCCAAAAUUUAGCUCAAGUUGUAUUUUUUUAAAGUGUAUUGUAAAACUUUCUUUCGUCCACAUAAUUGUUUUGAUUGUAAUAAAAAUAUUUUUUCUAAAAUAAUUUUAUAAAAGUACAAAAACAUUUUUCAAUUUCCCAAAAUUUUUUUUGAAUUAAAAAAAACAUAUCUUUAAUAUAUUUAAUUACAUAAUUAUAAAUAUAGACUGGAAAGUGAAAUUAGUCUCGAAAAUUGUUGAAAAUAACUAAUUAAAUAAUUUUAAUUUCAAGAAUACUAAAUAGUGA